GCAAUUGAACCAAUAGGCUGUUCAGGAAAUUGUGCACUAAAUUCGUAAUUUUUGGGUGCGCGAGCGGGUUCCACGGUGGGAACCUCUGCUUAUCUCUGGGAACAUGAUGGAUGCGCUAUCUGUGGUGACUCAGCUCCGAGACCUGGCUUCCGAGCCUCAGAACCGGGAGCCCAUAGUCCAGGACCAGGGCUGUCUCCCGGGACUGGUUCUCUUCCUGGAUCACCCAGACCCACAAGUAUUGUUCGCUACCCUGCAGACUCUUCGCUACCUGGCAGAAUGGCCGCGGAACAUCCCCACUAUGAAGAACGAACUGGGCAUGAUGGUCAGCCUGGAGACACUGCAAGAGAGGGCUGGGUUGUCAGAUGACAUCACUGUCCUGUCGAGGGAGGUGUAUGAUAUCCUGAGUGUCCCCCCGGCACCUCCCAGCCCAGAGAGGAGAAAUAGACCCCAGUUCUUCCUCAACUCUUCUAGGGGGAAGAACAAGUCGGUUACCCUGCUCAUCCAGGGUCUGGACAGCACAGACCAGCGAGGUGUGUGUGAGGAGGCUCUACUGCGUGUGAAAGGAGUCAUCAGCUUCACCUUUCAGAUGGCUUCUAAGAGAUGCACCAUCCGCAUCCGCUCUGACCUGCCCACUGAGACUCUGGCGUCAGCCAUCGCUGCUACCAAGGUGCUGUCAGCCCAACAGGUGGUGAGGAACGAAGCGGGCGAGGAGGUCCUGCUCCCCCUAUAUGCGAGUGGGGUGGAGGCGAGAGAGGAGAACCAGAUGAUACCAGACUACCUCCCAGAGGAUGAGAGUCCCGAAAUGGACCGGAGCCACGCCGUGUCCAGAACCGCAGCCAAGGACGACGCCUCCGGCAGCUGGCUCAGCUCAGCCGCCAGUUUCCUCACUAAGACGUUCUACUGGUGAACGUGGGAGAUCUCUGUAAAUAUGAGGGGGUGGGGGGUUCUCCUGUAGACUGGUGUCAGGGUACAGUGAUGGGCAGAGGAACAUAGACAUGAUGUUGUACUUCAUAAGUAGUGUUGUAUACUGAUUUUGGUCCCUACAUUACACUAUAGCUCAACAGGCCCUAGUCCAAAGUAGUGUACUAAAUAUGACAUGGUAUUCUAUUUGGGACCAAGGCAGAGGGAUCUCUGGAUGUCUGAUGAAGCUCUACUGAACAUGAUCCCUCCUGGCAGAUCACUGUGAUCCAGGAAAUUAACUGAAAUUCCAAUGAAACAAUUCAGAAUAUUUCAUUUAAAAGAUUUCUCAAUGAAAUUAUAAUUUUUUUGUUAAACUGGCAUGUAACAAUUUUAUGAAAUGUUUCAUAUUCAAUUAAGUUCUAAUUUAAAUAACCUUGCCUGUUUUGGAAUUAGCGCUCUCGUGGUGGUUGUACAUAUUAUCCUGUGGAAAUUGUUUCCAUUUUGUAAUUGGUCAUUGUCUCUUAGUUUGACCUAUGCCUAUUUGACUAUUCUUCUCUUAUGUACAGAUGUUUUGUAUAUUUUGUCUUUUUUUCUCUUACAGUUGAAAGUCUUAGCCUUGAAGUGAAUUUAUUUCAUAGAAACUUUGCAAUGAAAAUUAUGCAAUAAAAUGAUACCUGUUA